AUGUCAACAUCGAAGGGCCUGCCAAGCACGCCUACGAUCCAAUCGAUCGAUCCAGAUAUGGAUACCAUUCGCAGCCUCUUCUGGGUGGGUAAUGUCCACUGCGCCUCCUGCGUGGACUAUGUCACGGAGGUCCUGUCCGAAUUUCCAUCCGUUAAAGAAGUCGAUGUAUCGGUCUUGACUCACGAGGUGCGAGUCAUUCAUGGGGCUUCUGCACAACCAUCCGAUCUAGUCAACGCUCUGAUUCACGCUGCCUUUGAAGUACACCAUGCAACCACAUACGACGGCCGCGGUGAAGUUAUUGCCGAUAUUAAUACCACAUCAUGGAACUCACGAUCGUCAGUUCUUUUUGGCACACCCCGAAAUUCAUACUCAAGUCUGUCCUCAAAUAUCAAAGAGCGAUGGCACACCAGCCGAGAAAAGCGUCAUAUUUCCAAUUGUGAUGCCUGCAGAAAGGAGCAAUCAAACCAUCAGUCUGGUGAAUCAACUCUAAAUGACCAUGAAGUCUCCAAAGAAAAGCCUUCUCAUACGGGGAACUCUUGGGAAACUGACCUGGAGUCGGGCCUCGAGGGGAGUGAAAAGACUCUGAUUUCUGAACCUGGCACCCCAUCUUUUGCAGCCGAAACAUGGGCGAGUCCCACUUUACCUCAUUCACCCAAGACCCUUCCGGGGAUACCAGAGACGCCUCAGGCUCCUUCAGAGGCCCUUGACGAGUUUAGUGCGAGAGUUAGCAUUGGCGGCAUGAGCUGUGCUGCCUGCGUAAACUCUGUUACUGCCGCUAUUCGGGAAAUAGAAUGUGUCAAGGAAGCCACUGUCAACCUUCUUACGAACAGUGCCACGUUAACCUAUUCUGGCCCACGAGCAAAUAUCGAUGUAAUCACAGAGCAUAUCGAGGACAUUGGGUUUGAGGCCUUCAUCGACGAAGUGAACCCGGUACCAAAAGCUGUGAGCUCGCGCCAAGAACCGGCUGCUUUCAUUACAGAGAUUGCUAUCACGGGGAUGACAUGUGGCUCCUGUGUAGGAACUGUGACUCGAGGACUAGAAGAGCUUCCGUUUGUACAGAAUGUGUCAGUCAAUUUACUGUCACAUAGUGGGAAAGUGGAGUUCGAAGGCCGAGAGAAUCUGGAUAAAAUCAUAGAGAAGAUUGAGGACAUGGGGUUUGACGCCUCGGUAAGCAGCGUCCAUCCAUCGGACGCAAGUGCUCGCCAGGCUGGUCCUGCCCAAGCCAGGAUAGUUUCUAUCCAUAUCGACGGGAUGUUCUGCCACCACUGCCCCCAGAAAGUCCUCAGCUCGCUGGCGUCUCUGCCUGGCGUGGAAGUGGUAGAUGAGCCCUCCGAAAAGAAGCCCUUGUUGAAACUGACAUACACGCCCGAUGCACCUUCCAUCACGAUUCGCUCAAUCAUUUCGACCAUCAAUAAUGCCGACGAUGCCUUUAAUGCCACAAUCCAUCACCCGCCUAGCAUUGAGGACCGCUCGCGGGCUAUGCAGCUUCAUGAGCGAUCAAGAUUGCUUUGCCGUCUACUCUUUGUGUUUGCCGUGGCUAUUCCGACUUUUAUAGUUGGCAUUGUCUUCAUGUCUCUUGUAUCUCCUCAAAAUCCUGUCCGUCGAUUCCUGGAGCAAAAUAUGUGGUCGGGCAGUGUGAGCCGAACGGAGUGGGCGCUGUUCAUCAUGUCGACCCCGGUCAUGUUUUACGGCACCGAUGUGUUUCAUACCCGAGCCCUGAAAGAAAUCUACGCCCUAUGGAGACCUGGAAGUCGAACUCCGCUGCUGCGACGCUUCUAUCGAUUCGGCAGUAUGAACAUGCUCAUCUCAGCUGGAACAUCCGUCGCAUACUUCGCGUCGCUGGCUGUUCUCAUCGUUGAUGCUGUUGCGGGAAAUAAAUCCAGCGCUUCCAGUACCACCUACUUUGAUUCAGUCGUCUUUUUGACUCUUUUUAUCCUCGCAGGCAGGUUUCUCGAGGCUUACAGCAAGGCGAAGACGGGCGAUGCAGUAUCAUCAUUGGGAAAUUUGCGCCCUUCCGAAGCUUUGCUGGUGGAAGGACAUGCCUUGGGCGGCGAUUCUUCCGGGGAUGCUUCAGAUCGAACGAGCCGCGUCAGUGUGGAUCUCCUUGAGGUCGGAGAUAUUGUCCGGAUUCCUCACGGUGCAUCACCUCCUGCAGAUGGUAUUGUUGUUGGUGAAGGGGCUUACCAAUUUGAUGAAAGCUCCUUGACCGGAGAGUCGCGGCCUGUCAAGAAAGCCGCCGGCGACUGUGUGUAUACCGGCUCCGUGAAUACCGGGCAGCCAAUCCAAGUACGCAUUACUGAACUUGGAGGCUCGUCUAUGCUUGACCGGAUCAUUGCUGUUGUGCGUGAAGGUCAAAGCAAACGUGCUCCUGUGGAGCGAGUGGCCGAUCUUCUGACAUCCCAUUUUGUACCUGUGAUUACUCUGAUUGCUAUUUCAACCUUCAUCAUUUGGCUCGCUUUGGGUCACUCCGGGGCACUUCCUGCCGACUAUCUUGAUAACGCUCGAGGAGGCUGGACAUUUUGGAGUCUGGAAUUUGCUAUUGCUGUCUUUGUGGUUGCUUGUCCUUGUGGACUGGCUCUCGCUGCUCCCACCGCCCUCUUCGUCGGAGGUGGUCUUGCAGCGAAGCAUGGAAUCUUGGUCAAAGGUGGCGGCGAAGCAUUCCAGGAAGCCAGUCGCUUGGACGCUAUAGUAUUUGACAAGACAGGCACCUUAACCGAGGGUGGAAGUCUGAAGGUUUCUAAUCAUGCAGUCCUCACUACAGAUGAGAAUCUCCUGAAAAUGGCUUGGGCCAUGACCCAGAGACUCGAAGAGAGCAGCAAUCACCCAAUUGCGCAGGCAAUUGUUGCUUUCUGUGCGUCGAAACCCCAAGUUAGUGUUCUCUCAUCCGAUAUUCAAGAAAUCGGUGGCCAAGGAAUGAAAGGAACUUUUGUCAUAUCGGAUGGCGAGACCGAGCAUCGCUACGAAGCCGCCAUCGGCAAUGAGCGGCUCUUCCACAGCUUAUCACCCUCUGAAGCCCACUCGCGUGAAGUUGGGAAGCAUCUGUCAGGAUACCAAAUCGCAGGUAAAUCGACGGCGAUUCUCUCCUUACGUUGCAUCGAUCCAGAGGCUCUGGAAAAGUCCUCAUUCGCCCCGGCUCUCGUGCUCGCAACAUCCGAUACCAUACGACCCGAGACCAUCAGUGUUAUCUCCGAGCUCCAGAACCGCAAGGUUGAAGUUUUUAUGUGCACAGGCGACAACCCGACAACCGCCCACGCAGUCGCUGACAUGGUUGGGAUCCCACGCACCAACGUCAUGGCCAACGCCCUCCCAGCCGAAAAAGCGACCUUCCUCCGCAAGAUCCAAGACGGUACCGCCAAGGGCCCUCAUGACCAACCAGCGACUCGACCGAUCGUUGCAUUCGUGGGCGAUGGAGUGAAUGACUCUCCUGCUCUCGCAGCCGCCGAUGUGAGCAUUGCCAUGGCCUCUGGCUCCGACGUCGCGAUCAACUCUGCCAGCUUUAUCCUGCUUAACUCGGACCUGAGUACGAUUCUCCAACUGGUUCUGCUCAGCCGGCGGGUGUUCAACCGCGUGCGCUUGAACUUUGUCUGGGCUGUGUUCUACAACAUGUGUCUUGUUCCUGUUGCGGCUGGCGUCUUCUAUCCAAUCGUCAGUGGUCAUCAUCAAAAAGUAGUCAAUGGUGAGGUCAUGACUGUUAAUGAGCACUGGCGACUGAAUCCUGUCUGGGCUGCGCUGGCUAUGGCCCUGAGUAGUAUUUCGGUUGUCUCUAGCAGUUUGGCACUCAGGAUUGACAUGCAGAGCAUUAAGAAGGCUUUUUGGAAGCGGAAGUGA